AGCCAAACAGCCCUCCAAGCCCAUUAAUAACAGAUCAAAAGCGUAAACCCUUGUUUCCAAAACACACAGUCACGCGCCACCACAACGCCAGUCCGCCACCACCGCUGUCUGCUACGGUUCUUAUUCGGAUUAGAACAACAAUUCAUUGACCAGAUGGGAAGGAAGAAACAGAAGCAAAAGGUGGUGCUACCACCUGAGCUACCACCGGAGGUGCCUGAGGAUGAAAUUGAAGUCUCAGAUGAGGAUUUGGAGUUUGUCAAUAAGAACCGAGAUUACGCUGGCUUUGUAUCAAAGUUGGACACUCAGUCAAUUACAAGGCAUGUCAACCGUGUUGCUGAUGCCAAAGAAAACGACCGUUCUGUUAACGUGAAAGAAGAUGACCUGGAGUUUCGUUACGAGAAACAAUUACGGAAGAAGUCAUUAACCACCGAUAAUGUUCAGCAUGAAGUUGAUCUUGUAGAUGCUCUGCCCGUGAAGACCUUAGAUGGAGAGGUGUAUUACAGGAAAGUGUCAACAGGCUCAAAUCAAUCCAAGAAUGCAAACGUUGAGGAUGAAAAUGAAGAUGUAGGCAGAGACAACGGUGUUGUGAAGUUAACAAAAGCCGAAAAACGCGCAAAGCAAAAAAAGUUGAGAAAAGAGGCAAAGAAACAAGCGAAGGAGGUGACAGAAGUAGAAGAAGAAGUUGAACUAAGCUCUCAAGCUGACGUUUUGGCCGAGGUUGAAAAAGAUCUUACAGCUGAAGAAACCAAUGAACAAAAGAAGCACAGGCUUGCCGAAAUCGGAACGUCAAUGCUCGAGAAUCCUGAAGGCAAUAUUAAAAACUUAAAAGAAAUGCUGCAAAUCUGCAAAGAUGGAGAUCGUUACAUAUUAGAUCUUGGUCUGAAGUCUUUACUAGCUGUUUUCAAGGAUAUCAUCCCUGGGAACCGUAUAAGGCUACCUACUGAGAAGGAGCUUGCAAUGGUUGUAUCAAAGGAUGUGAAGAAAACUCGCUUCUAUGAAUCCACACUUCUAACUGUUUACAAGGCAUACCUCCAGAAGCUGAUGUCAUUGGAAAAAGUAUUUGGUUUUAAACGGGUGGCCGUUCGUUGCAUUUGUACUCUGCUGGAUGCGAACCCGCGUUUUAAUUUUCGUGAUAGCUUGUUAACGGCUGUUAUAAAAAAUAUAAGCUCCACAGAUGAUGUCAUAAGGAAACAUUGUUGUGAUACAAUUAAGUCGCUUUUUACAAACGAGGGAAAACACGGUGGUGAAGUUACUGUCGAGGCUGUUAAACUUAUUGCUGGUCUUGUAAAAGACAAUGAUUGUCACUUACAUCCUGAUUCUAUUGAGGUUUUCUUAUCUCUCUCGUUUGAUGAAGAUCUUAGGAAGCCUGAAACAUCAAAGGCAGACAAUAAGAAAGUAAAAAAGAAGUUUUAUAAGACGGGAAGAAGAAACAUGGAAAUAAAACAAUCGUCAGCUGAUGAAAAAAAGAAAAGUAAACAGGAAAUGUUGUCAAAGACAAGAGAGGAGGUCAAAGCGGAUUACAUGGCUGCAGCAUUCGCACAAGAUUUAAACGAAAAACGGAAGAUACAAUCUGACACCCUUUCGUCUGUAUUCGAAACGUAUUUUCGUAUAUUGAAGCACACUAUGCAUUCAGAAUCAGAAGCAAACGAAUCGAUAACCGGCCCAUUUGGAGAGCACCCACUUCUUGCUCCAUGUUUAAAUGGAAUUGGAAAGUUUUCUCAUUUAAUAGAUAUGGAUUUCAUGGCUGAUUUAAUGAAAUAUCUUAGAAAGCUUGCUGGAGGAAGUGACGAUGUUAAGAAUCCAUCGGACCGUGUUUCAAGUCGUCUGACUGUGACGGAACGCUUGAGGUGUUGCAUAGUUGCUUUCAAAGUGAUGAGGAAUAACCUUGAUGCCUUAAAUGUUGAUUUACAGGAUUUUUUUAUUCAGCUUUACAAUCUCAUACUCGAGUACAGGCCUGGGAGAGAUCAAGGGGAAGUAUUGGCUGAAGCUCUGAAGAUAAUGUUAUGUGACGAUCGACAACAUGACAUGCAACGGGCUGCUGCGUUCAUCAAACGUUUGGCUUCUUUCUCUUUAUGCUUUGGAGCUGCAGAAUCCAUGGCUGCCUUGGUUACCUUAAAGCAUCUCCUUCAGAAAAAUGUCAAGUGUCGUGAUCUUUUAGAAAAUGAUUCUGGUGGUGGCUCGUUAUCAGGUUCUAUCGCGAAAUAUCAACCGUAUGCUUCGGAUCCAAACCUAAGUGGUGCGUUUGCAACCGUGCUUUGGGAGUUGAGUGUUCUAUCAAAACAUUACCAUCCAUCUGUUUCAACAAUGGCGUCAGGGAUUUCGAAUAUGGCAAACGCAAACAAUCAGGUUUAUGUAGCAAGUAUCUCUCCUCAGCAAGCUUUCAGUGACAUGACGCUUGACAAGGAAAAGUUCACUGUAAAGACCACACAAAAGCAGUCAAACAGCAAGCGAAAGAGGGGUAACCGUGCACCACUACCACUGGCGGCAGCAGGUGGAGCUGAUAAGGAGGCCGCGGUGGAUGAGAAUGUGGUCAGGACCAAGCUGUCCGAGCAUUUCUUGCUUGUUAAUGAAAUGGAAGAAAACGAGAGGUUAAGACGUGAACUGGAUAGGACGAAAUUAGCAGUACAACUUUAUAAGAAGUAUAAGAAGCAAAGAACCAUGUGAUUUGUGUGUUUUAUGUUUGGUUAAAUUUUUGAGGUGAAUUUUCAUGAACAGAUAUUUAUGCCGUUUCUCUUUAAAGGAGAGGAUUUUUUUUGUUUUU